AUGGCCCAUGAUGAAGCUUCGAAGAACCAUCCAGGUGGUGUCCAUGACUCUUCCAGUAACGAGAAAGAAGCUAGGAUGCACGAAUCAGCCAAAAGCAACGAUGGCUACAAGGUGCUUAAGCUCUUUCUUGAAAAGAUCAACCCGAAGUGCAGUGCGUUUUUCCAGUAUCCGAAGUCAAAUGUUAGACCUGAAGAACAUGAUGAAGAAAAUCAGCAAAGUGGCAGGGUUCUCAACCAUAAACACAAACCACAGCAUCAGAGUGACAGCCAUAACCCUGUGGUCCAAUGGUGGUGUCCCUGAUCGACACAUCAUGUCAAUG